AUGGGCACUGCGGCGGCCAGUGCCGCUCCCAGCGACUCCAACGCAGGCUUACUGGAGGACCCAGAGGCGCGGCGUGUCAGCAGCUCCAGCGCGCCGCAGCCCGCGCCCGCGCGGCACAGCAUCGCCGGCGACGACGCGGCGUGCAGCCUCGGCGCGGCCUCUCCCAACGACGUGGCCGCGCUGGCCGCCGCCGCCGCCGCCUCCUCCCAGCAGUCCUCCGACGCGCCGCUCACGCCACUCACCCAGCCCUCCUCCUGCGCGACCUCCUCCUCCUGCGGCCGCCCGCGGGCCUCGCCCCGCUCCCCGUCAGCCCACUCCCCCUCCCCAGCCCCCUCCCUCACCCAAUCCGAGGUUGGAGACCUGGCGGCGCUGGCGGCCGAGGCGGCGGCGGCCGCCGCCGCCUGCACCCUGCAGCGCCGCUCCUCCAGCGUGCAAAUCCCGGCGCUGGUGGACCGCAUGCGGCAGCGCCCCGUCACGGGCCAGGUGGUGGCCUGGGGCUGGGACGCGGCGGCGGUGAUGUCGGGCGUGCGGCGCACCAUGCCCGCACAAGUCUUCUCCUGCCUCUGGCCCGCCACCCUGGCCUGCGCCCAGCACCAGAUGAUGCCGCAGGACGUCCUGGAGAUGCUGGAGAGCUGGCUGACGCUGAUGCAGCAGUGCCCGCGCCACUUCUGCCUCGCCAAAGCGGUGCUGGAGGCGCUGGCAGCCUACGCGCUGCCCGCAGCAGUCAAGCGCAUGAGCGAGAGGGAGCUGGCGCAGCUGGCGGGCCUGGCGCGCGACAUUGCGCUGCACCCGUGCGACGCGCUGGUGCACGGCAUGAGCACCCCCUCCCAGGCCGGCGCCUCUGCCCGCGACCUCAUGCAGCCCGUCUUCUCGCUGGCGGCGGCAGAGGCGGCGUGGCGGUGCAACAACCCCGCCCGCUACGUCUCCCCCGAGACGCUCAGCGCGGUGGUGACGGCGGCGCCCGCCUGGAGCUGGCGCGUGGUGCGGCACCGGGACAGCCAGGCGCUGGCCGCGCUCAAGCUGGCCACCGCGGCGGCGCUGGAGGAGCUGGUGCCGCACUCGCCGCGCGACCUGGCACAGUCUGGCGCCUUUGGAAAGCUCAAGAUGCCGACCAGCCCGGCCAGCCGCGGCAGCAGCAGCGUCGGCGCAGGCAGCGUGCGCGGCGGAGGCGGCGCGGCGCCUGCCGCGCUGGCGCUGUGA